CUUAUGUGCGUGUGUGUGUGUGGAUGCAACAAGCUGCAUGAAUACCUAUGGAACUCGAGUUGAGUCAACCAUCGUCAUUCCUGCAUAAGUGCGGGUACUUCGCACUGACUGCUCUGUAAGCGGGCCUUCGUAAGAAAAUUGUCAAGUAAGAGCAAUUAGUCAAUGCAAAUGCGAAUGCCACUUCGAUCGGCUGGUACGUAAAUUAUAACUACUACAUUAAAUAUUUAGUUGUAGAUAUUCAUGUGGCAUUUAUGAUAAUUAUGAUAGCCGCACAGCCCAAUCUGGAGUUUGAUAACAACUAUCGUUUUGCCUUAAAAAAAUAAAUACAUAACAAAAAUUAACAUAAAUACGAGCACAAGAACUGUUUACUUAGUAUAAAACAACAAAAAUAAGCAUUGAUAGGGCACCUAAGAGAAAGAUAUAGAGACUGACAACGAGAGAGAUAGAAAAGCAAGAGAACGAGAGAGAGAGAGAGAAAGCAAGAGCUUGGAGAAAACAAAACAAGCUAAGGGCAAAGAGUAUUCAAAAGAGCGGCCGAGGCCAAUUGGCCGCACAGAAGCAAAUAAAUUGGGCUCCACCCAAUGACAGACGGCAAUGGGCUCCACGGAAAAAAAGCAAACACUUGCCUGAACCACCGUGACCUACAAAGCACAAUCACAGGCGCACACAGGCACACACAUGAACACUGCGUCUAGCCAAUCACAAUGCGUUUAAGACAUAACGGUCUGCGCACAAUGCACUGGCAACCGCAUGCCGAUUGGCUAGCGCUCAACGCCGACGCAGACGCAACGGCGAGAGAGUGAAACGAGCUCAGCCGUUGAAAAGGCAAUUGCUGAAUAAGAGCGCAGAGUGCAGGCAGCACGCAGUUAAAGAGCGCAAGAGCAAGAGAGCCGUUGGAAUUAAUGUUCACAGCUUAUCAUAGCAGCAGCAGCAGCAGCGACAGCAGCAGCGCGGCAGCGGACAGGGUGUUGCGGCGGCGGUUUACUGUUGCUGCCGUCGCGCCGAUAGUGAUGACGAUGAGUGAAUUUUGUGCUCGGCUCGGCUGGCGGCUGUUCUAUAGGUUAACUCGCCGCUGGUGGCCACGUUAGGUGUCAGUAACAAUUUAGUUCGACACGCGGACGCACCUGUUUCUUUUUUUUUUUACAUAUUUUGUUUGUUGGCAAUCAAAUCAAAUAGCAAAAAACCAACUGCACAUGGCGCUUUACGAAUUUGCCAUUGUGUGUGUGAGUGUGUGUGCGUGUGUGGAAGUGUAAUGAUUUAUUAAUUAUUACUAUUAAUAUAAUUAUUAUUGUUGCAAUAUGAAUUAGGCUAAAAAAAAGGCGCCAAACAGAAACUUUAGAUUCGAAAUAAAAAAUAAAAACAAACAAAAAAUUAAUAAACACGUUAAUCAAAUAAAAUUUGAAAUCAAAAUAGCAAUAAACAUUUAAAAAAUAAAAAGUUUCUGAUACUUUUAACGGAAACAGUUGUUGGUAAACCAAGUGAUACUGUUGUUCCAAUUAGAAAGAAAUAGGAGAGUAAAAACAAUGCUCUUGUUGUUGCUGUUGUCAAAUGACACAGCACAAAAAAGAAAAAGCGCGAAAAUGUAGUCGCAAAUGAAUGUAAUGAAUUGAUUAUGAUCUACGCAUGUAUGUGUGUGUUUAUCUGUGUGUGCCUAAUGUUGCAAUAGCCAUGGAAGUCAAGAGCUAAACAUCCAAACAGCAGCAGAAUCAGCAAGCAGCAGCAGCAGCAGCAGCAACAACAUCAUCAACAGUAACAACAGCAAGAUCAACAAUAGUCGUCAUUAAGUCAUCGAGUGUUAAUUUGUGACUAAUUUUUUGUUUUGCCUGAUUAUUAAGUCAAUCAAAAUAGAGAAGAACAACAACAGCAAGAACAACAACAACCAUCAGCUGCUGCAACUGCUUGAGGCAUCAGUUAUCGAUCCACAGUGAUAACAGCAACAGCAACAUAAACUGAAAUUGAAAAAAAACACAAAUCUUUAUAUAGUGAGAGCGAAGCCCGCACAAAUCACUUGUCGUUCGACAAAUUGGCGCCGCAAAAAAAAAAAAAAAAAAAAAAAAAAAAGGAAAAUACAACAGCAAUAAUUGUUGAUUUGAUUUGGAUUUUGAUUUUGAUUCAGUUGUUGACGCCCACACCGAAUGCAUUUCCAUUUGCCCAGCGAGGCGGCAACAGCAACUCAGCAACAACAACGACGAUCGUCAGCGACUUCAACAGCUACUAUACGGGCGCAAUUGCAAUCGAAACAGGAGCUAUCCCGGCUGUGGCACCCGUCAGCAGCAGCAGCAGCAGCAGCACCAUCGACGGCGGCAAUCGGUCGGCAAUGGUCACAUCAUCAGCAUCGCCAACGGGUACGGGCUGGUCAGCGCCAGCGGAAUAUAAGAGCGCCAAUACGGCUGUUGCUGCUGCCACCGCUGGUGGCUCAGCCGCUGCGGCGAUCAUGUGCGAGGUGUUGCCGUCGAGCAGUGCCAGUGUCGGCAGCAGUUCGCCAACAGGUGGCGCCAGCAAUGGCACCGCCAACAGUGCCAACAGUGGCAGUGGCAAUAAAAUAAAUAUCAACAACAACAACAACAACAGUAGCAACAACAAUAAUAAUAAUAACAAUACUAACAGUCGCAACAACAACAACAACAGCAACAAUGCAGUACAUCAGGAUUUGUUAUGGAUGGAGCGAUUUGUGCUCGAACGACAACAGGAAUAUCCCGGCGAAUUGGUGCGCACCAGCAAUCCGUACUUCCUCUGCUCCGCCCUGCCCUCUCACUGGCGCUCGAAUAAAACUCUGCCGCUGGCCUUUAAAGUGGUCGCCCUGGCGGACGUCGGCGAUGGCACCUAUGUGACCAUCCGGGCGGGCAACGACGAGAAUUGCUGUGCCGAGCUCCGCAACUACACAGCCCAGAUGAAGAACGGCGUGGCCAAGUUCAACGAUCUGCGCUUCGUCGGACGCAGUGGUCGAGGAAAGAGCUUUACGCUAACAAUUACCGUUGCAACAAGCCCGCCACAAGUUGCCACCUAUGCCAAAGCCAUCAAAGUGACAGUGGACGGUCCCCGGGAGCCGCGCUCCAAGACAAGUCCAACAGGCGGUCCGCAGUACCGUGCUCUCGGCCUGGGCCAGCGACCAUUCAUCGACGGCUUCCCGAAAACAUUUCACGAACUGGAAACGCUGCGACACUCGGCAAAGGUUGCGGCUGCUACAACGGCAGCGGCGGCUGCAGCGGUGUCGGUUGCAUCGGCUGGCAACGCGCUGACCACAAACGCGAGCAUUGCCCAGCAAUUGGGUAGCAAUUACUCAUCGUCAAAUAGUACAAUAAAUUCGGAUUGCCAGGGCUACAAGCCUAACGCACCACAAAUUCAAGAAACCGAUCUGAUAGGCGCCGCUGAGUGGACAGGCUCGGCCAGCUCCGGUGCUAACAUCGCGUAUCCGGUGGGCGUCGGAGUGGGCGUGCCCUAUCAUCAUGCCCACCACACCCACUCGCACUCACACUCGCACUCGCACUCGCAUUCGCAUAGCCACGCGGCGCACCACCAUCACCACCUGCAGCAUCAGGUGGCGCUUCCACCCCCACCUCCGCCUCCGGCUGCUGCUCCGGUGCCAGUGCCGGUGCCGGUGGGGACGGCGUCGGCCAUGAACCACUAUAGCAGCGCCAUGAGCGGCUAUGAGACAACCACGCUGGACGCGGCCAACUACCACAUAUCGACGGUGCUUCCCGAGAUGCACGGCUUCUCCGCCGAUCCGUAUCAGACGGCCGCGGCCAGUGGCUACUGUGGCACCAGCUCCAAGUCAGAUCUAGAGACGCUCAACGCCAGCUACGGAGCGACGCCCACGGCGUACAACAAUGCGGCGGCCUGGUCGAAUGGCUACAACAACUACCAAUACGGCAGUUGCUCAGCAACGGCGGCCCAAUACGGCGGAGCGGCUGGCCAUGCCACGGCGCCGCCACCACCUGUCGUGCUAUAUCCACAACUCUACUCAACGGUCAACCAGAACCAGAUACAUCUGCACUUGCACAGCAGCGAGAAGCUGGAACAGUACCUGGCCACGGACCAACAGCUGACGAUCAGCUCGCUGGCCAGCAAUCGCUCGAGCAUCGAGAUUGGCCUGGGCACUGGCCUCAGCGGCGGCGUUUCGCUCGGCGAACAGGAUCAGCAGGCAGCCGUUGCCAUUGCCGAGCAGGCGGCCGAGGGCGCCAGCCAGAAUAAUUAUCAUUUGCAUCAUCAUCAUCAUCAGCAGCAGCAGCAGCAGCAGCAGCAGCUCGAGGCGCAGCGGCAGCUCGAGGCACAGCACCAGCAACAGCAGCAGCAGCAGCACCAGCAGCAACAGCAGCAUCCAAGCGAUGUUAGCAAUGAGGCGGCACGCGAAGAGGAUGUCGGCGAUAUGACGCAAGUCUGGCGUCCCUAUUGACCCGAUCUGAUGGCAGGGCCACUCCAAAGAACACGCGCCUUUCUGCACAUAGAACUGAACUGAAAACCAAAAUGAAAAUGCAAUUUCUGCGUGUAUAUUUUCUACUCUUCUUCUUCUUUAUGUUUUUAUCUUGCCUAUGAAAUUUAGCACGAUGCAGAAAUCGUCUGAACAUAUUCGAAUAUCAAAUAUAAAAUUAAUCAAUUUUUUUUUUUUUUUUAAACAUAUAUCGAUAAGAACUGUAAAUAGUUUCCAUAUAAAUAAAUAAAUAAUAAUUGUAUGUAUUGGUAUGGCACAUUAAACGUUUAUAUUGAAUACUUAGUAUGUACAACUAAAAUCUUAAGUAAUUUUUUUUUUUUUUUAGUAUUAAGUGUAGAUUAGUUGCGUCAUGUGGCAGGAAAAUGUCUGAUGCGAUUUUUGUUAUUUUGUUUAAGUGACGCCGAAGCAACGAUGGAAGACUAUUAAUAAAGUUAUCGUAUUUAUUUAAAAUAAAAUAAAUGAGAGAAAGAAAACACAAUUUAUUAAGCAAUGAUCCAAGAGCCAGGCCCCCUCUCAUGUCUCAUGGUGGGGCCAGAGAGAAAAACAAAGCAGAAAACCUAACCACACUCGAAUGGAAAACAAGGAAAACAAAGAGGUAAAAAUACAACAAUAACUACCGUUAAUUAUGCACAUACA